AUGGAGGUUGCUGUUCUUGGGGCCAAGUGCUUGAGACUGAAUGGGGAGGAAAGGCCCAGCAUGAAGGAAGUGGCAAUGGAAUUGGAAGGAAUGAAGCUAAUGGAGAAGCAUCCAUGGAUCAAUACAGACCAAAAUCUAGAGGAGGCUCAAUACUUGCUUCGUGAGGCAUCACCUAGCGUUUAUGAGCCUGGAGAUAGCAGCAGCCAUCAAUUUACUGGGGUUGACAGCAUUAAUGAUCAUAGUGGUUAA